AUGAUAACCGGCAUCAAUAAACUUACUUCCUGUGAGCCCAGGGUGUCCAAAGCUCCACCCCCUGUCCUGGACUCAAAGGAGAAUGCUGUAGAGUGUGGAGUCAUGUCAUUAGAUGACAUUGCUCUCUGUAGCAAUCGAGUCCCCCACUAUCAGAGAAAGAAGGGGAGGAGGAUCUCUGCUGUCACCACACCAAAGAUGACUGGAAAAAAAAGCUAUGUUCCCGUAUCUCGGUGCUCAGAUCCCUGUUUACCUGGAACAAGAAAGAAGUUUGGAUCUUCAAUUCAUGAAUGCUGCUAUGAGUGUGUCCCAUGUCCAGAAGGAGAGAUAUCCAACAUUUCUGACAGUGAAAACUGCAUGAAAUGUUCUGAUGAAGAAUGGCCAAAUGAGAAGAAGGAUCGGUGUGUUCCAAAAUUUGUAGAGUUUCUCUCCUACACUGAUGAUACAAUUGUUGCAGUAUUGUCAGCUGUCUCCAUCCUCUUAUUUUCAGCUGUCUCCAUCCUCUGUUGUCUUCUGACUGGUGUAAUAUUGGGGAUGUUUAUACAUUACCAGGACACGCCCAUUGUUAAAGCUAAUAACCGGAACCUGAGCUAUCUUCUCCUGGCCUCCAUCAUGCUGAGCUUCCUCUGUGUCUUCUUGUUCCUCGGCCAUCCAGUAGAUGUAACCUGCAUGCUGCGUGUAACCUCUUUUGGUGUCAUCUUCUCAGUUGCCGUCUCUUCUCUAAUUGCCAAAAGUGUCAUGGUGUGUAUAGCUUUUAAAGCCACCAAACCUGGGAGUUCCUGGAGGAAAUGGAUGGGAAUCAAAUUGCCAAAUUCCAUCAUCGCUGUGUUGUCAAUGGUGCAAGUUAUAAUCUGUGUCACUUGGUUGUCUAUAUCUCCUCCCUUCCAGGAUCGAGACACUCACUCUUAUCAGGCAAAGAUCAUCCUUCAGUGUAAUGAGGGUUCAGUUAUCGGCUUCUACUCUGUCCUGGGAAAUAUGGGGCUUCUGGCAGCUGUGAGCUUCAUUAUAGCUUUUUUAGCCAGAACAUUACCGGACGGUUUUAAUGAGGCCAAGUAUAUCACCUUCAGCAUGCUGGUGGUCUGCAGUGUCUGGAUUGCCAUGAUCCCGGCUUAUCUGAGCACCAGAGGGAAAUACAUGGUGGCUGUGGAGAUUUUUGCUAUAAUGGCCUCAAGUACUGGACUUCUUGGCUGUAUAUUUUUCACAAAAUGUUACAUCAUUCUGUUCAGACCUGACCUGAAUACAAAAACAGGUUUGCUUGAAAACAGAGGAUAA